AUGGAGGCGGAACCAAACCCAGCAGAAGAUGAAGAAGAAGCGUCUGAUCAAUCCACCGAAAAGCCCAACUCCGUAGACAUUUUGAUAAUAAACCACGAAGAAACCGAAUUCGUGGAGGAGGAGCAGGAGGUGAGCGUCUCCUACGAGAAAAUACAGGAUGUCAUUGGCGGCCCGCAAAGGGACCUGAUACCGCUCAGAGAGCAAAAACCGCCGCGCAAAUCCCUGACGGAGCUCUACCUGAAGGAACUGAAGGAAAAAUCGAUUUUCGAUCAAGUUUUGGGAGAAUGCUGCUGCAGUCCGGGAAGACCCGCCCCCUCCAUGCUCGUCAGCGGAUUCGGCAUGAGGAACUGGGAGUCCCUCCAAAACGCGCUGCUAGCCGACGAGUUGGCAAGGAGGGCCAGGGAGGCAGGAGACGAGGAGGAGGAGCACGAGGAGGGCUCGCACUCGAUUCCGAUGCCUUCGUAUUCUACCUCCUCCAAAUCCGGGGAGAUGUCGGAGACGACGCAGACAGAAUCCCUGUCAGGAUCCACAAUUCAAACUGAGAGGAAACGUUUGGAGUACCUUAUGGGUUUGGAUACAGCUGGGGAAGAAGUACCAAAAGUAGUAGUAGAGUUACCGGAAGAAUCCGAGCAAGAUUUGAUAACAGGCAGAACUGAGAUGAUGAGGAAAGCUCAGAGAUACUUACGGACACACCGAAUAUUCGAGUUCUUUCAGUUUAUGAUUACACUAAUGCUUAGCGAAAGACCAGAUGACCCUAUACAUUUUCUGUUGCAACUGCUCGACAAAUUGUUGUUGUUUAGGUCAGGAAUAGGGCCAGUAGUCGUUCUCUAUGAGAAAAAACAUUUAGAACAACUUUUCCAUUUGAUGGAUCGUAUGAGGACAGGCUUCAUUGAAAGAAGUCAAUACGAAAUUGGAAUGAAAACCCUGGGAAUUUGUAUUUACGAUAAAAAUCCACCCCUAUCCUCCGAGUGUAUGGUCUCCAAAGAUUUUUUUGUGGAUGAGGCGUAUGAAUGUCAAAUAGAUAUUUUGAACGAUCUCAUCUACACCAACAAGAUCAAAACGCCCCCUCAAUUGAAAACUCCCCCACCUUCAAAGGUGGGACUUGCUGCCAGUUUGCAGAGCAUGUCCAGUUUUGGAUCUCCCUAUGUGGUCAGUCCAAGCUUCUACCAAUUUUUGACCAAGAAAAAGAAGAGGAUCGAUGAUGACGCGGUGUCCAUACCUUAUACUAUUGGGCCGGAGGACCAAUACUACGGACAAUGACAUGUUUUACAAAAUAUUAUUUUAUAAAAUGUAUAAAUUGUAUUGAAGUAAAACACAAAACAAUAAAUUCUAUGAGGUUUUAUUAUGAAACGUUCUCAUGAGGGUCUAUCUUACCAAUACCAAAUCACCAUUUUUGCCCUAUUAAUAUCAAUAGCAGACAUCUUACAGAUACGGGCAUUAAUAUCCUAAUUGUCAUUUCUAAAAUUAACAAUAAAAAUACCAUAUCGUGAUUUUUAUUUUACUUACGCUUUAAAAAUGCAGCUGAAUAUUCUCUUGAAUAAAGAAUGGUUGGAUGGCACUCUACGCAGUGGUUCCGUUUGCAAUCCGGUGCUUAUGUUGGUGUAUUGGUAUAUCACCUCGACUUUGGCGGUUUCUUUUUCGUCGAUCGUUUUUUCCGGCGUUUGAAUGUCAUCUUUUUUGCCUGUGUCCUCUGCACACGGCGCGCCAGUGUGGUAAUAGGUGCUGUUUUCUAUCUGAGGAAAGGUGCGUCUGGGUUCCAGCACUAUUUUGUCGUCUUCCAGAGUUAAAGUACUUGUGGAUAUCGAACUGACCAUUGCAGUGAUAUAUAAUGAAACGUUAAAUUUUGAAUGU